UCUAAGAAAAUGGCCACUGCUGCUGUCCAGAAACCCCACGACGUCCCAACGACGCUUAACUACUUCGCACCAACAGACGACGACGCACCGUACUUCUACUCACCGUCGGUUGAGGAAAUCCCAGAUGGCAAGAAACGAUCUAACAUAGGGUCCGAGUCGCACCCUGCUGUCAUUCAUGACGUGCGAGGAAAAGAAGAGACUGUCGGGCUUGAUAAGACGGGUUUCCAGUUCGUGAAGCAUAAGAGUAGUGAGAAGGAGUUCCUGGAUGAGGAGAGGAUUAAGAAUGUGUAUUAUAAGGAGGUGGAAGAGUUGUUGAAGAAGGAGGCGGGUGCGAAGAGGGUUUUCAUUUUUGAUCAUACUAUUCGGCGCAACUACGGCAACUCGGUAGAGACUGGCGAAAGAGACCUUCGUGGACCUGUAACGCGCGCACACGUCGACCAGACAUUCAAAGCUUCCAUCGCACGGGUGUACCAUCACCUCGGCGCUGACGCCGAACGUCUUGUCAAAGGCCGCGUCCGAAUCAUCAACGUCUGGCGACCCAUCGGCGCACCCGUAGCCCACCACCCACUCGCUGUAGCCGAUUUCCGCACCGUCAACGUCGAUCACGACCUCAUACCUACCAAACUCAUUUACCCCGACCGCGUGGGUGAGACUUUCUCUGUCAAGUACAGCCCAGAGUUGCAGUGGUAUUAUUUGAGUGGACAGACGCCGGAGGAGGUUACGUUGAUUAAGUGUUUUGAUUCGGAUGAGGAUAAGGCGAGGUUGACUCCGCAUACUGCUUUUCUGGAUACGUCGGACCCUGCGGAUGCACCGCAGAGGCAGUCGAUUGAGGUUAGAACGUUGGUGUUCGAUCAGGAGUGAAUGGUUCGGAGUGGUUGGAUUAUAGUUCCCGUACGGAUCUGCGGGCUCUCUCGAUGCU